AUGACAAUACUUCAAAAUCAUAUCUAUAAAAAAAUAAUAGAAUAUCUAUGGUUUGAAAAUAAAAAGAAUAGAAGGUUUGCUCGAUCACUUAGUAUGAUCAAUUGGUACUUUCACGGUGUCAUUUGUUCGCUGAAUACAAAGUUUAGUGGUAGAUACAAAAGAAUAGAAAAGUUGUUGAACCAUCAUUACCAGAAACCAAACUCAAGAGAUAAGCUUAACAGGUGUGCACUCUUUAACAAUUUGACGGAAUUGGAUUGUGCUACCGGUGCACUCAGAGAUGUCAGUAUGGAUGCUCUAAAGAUGAUCGCUCCGAAUCUUCGUUCUCUAAAGUGUGGUCACGGCGACAUCAGGAUGAUGAUCAAGCUCGGAGUUAAACCAGAGUAUUUCAGUUGUCCAGUGUUGGAACACUUGCUAUUCCGCUUCAACUUGUUUUUCGAUCGUGAACCAGUCGAUGCUACACCGGCAUUCCAAGUGCAGCUGAUCAACUACCUCAAGAAACACCGAAUUCUCAAGAGUUUCCACAUCGAUUGUGAAUUCAAUGAUGGAGCGAAAUGCGUAGAGUUCCUCUUGCAGGACACAACGAUCGAACGACUCUCCAUGGAUUGUAUCGACUAUUGCUCGCUGGUAUCGAGAAACAACUUGUACAAGAUGAAGACAUCGGUAAACGACCGAAAGUUAGAGAUGCUCGCUCGUGUUCACCACUUGAAACUUGGUCGCGACCUCGAUAAUACAUUCAAAGGAAUCACCAGACUCUUAAAUAGACAACAACAAUAUGGAUUCAAGGCAGACAGAGUUUUGAAAUGCAGCGUCAAAAUGACAGGUGAUCAAAUCGAACCGGAAUUCAUUGAAACUCUCAAGAAUAACAGAUCAAUACGUAGAUUGUACCUAAAUAUCCGUGAUCCAACUGACAAAACAGCAAACUUUAAAUUUAUUAAACAAAUCAAUGAUAUCAUUCAAGAACAUCCUACCAUCGCAAAUAAAUCAAAGUGGUUUUAUCAAUAG